AUGGAAAUAACGUCGCUAUAUAUUUCAUCACCAGAAAACUUUCAAAAGCCUACAACUGAAAAAUCAUCUGACAGAGAUCGAGAAAAAAAAGAGACUAUUAGGUAUAUUCUUAUUUGGACUGAAAAAAAUGUUAAACCGUUAAUUAAUCUUGGUGAAGGCAGAACAGUUUUCAUUGAAAAGAAAUGCAAAUGGAGCAAUUGCUACGUCACUGACGACAGAAAUCUCCUCGGCGAUUACACUGAAUUUGAAGCUAUAAUUUUUGGUGGAACUCAAUUAUAUCUAUUGCGAUAUAAAAACGAUUUACCAAAAAGGAGAGAUCCAAACCAGAAGUAUAUAUAUGCUACACUGGAAUCAGCAGCUGGUUAUCCGGUUUGUACUUCAUUUUGGAACAACUUUUUCAACACCACAUGGACAUAUCGACUUGACUCCACUUUAUUUUGGCCUUACUUUAUUAUAGAGGACAACAACAAUAUUACAGUUGGGCCAAAGAAGAAUAUUAUUUGGAAGAAUAUAUCGAAUAUGGAUCCCAUAGAUAAAGAUUUGAAGGCAACCAUAGGGCUCAAAUCUAAAGCAGCAGCCUGGUUUGUAUCGAAUUGCAAUACGGUAAGUCUUCGCGAGCACUUCGUGAAGCAACUCGAGGAGCAAAUGAUUGUUUACGGUUUGGAACUAGAUGUUUACGGUGAUUGUGGAAAGCUACAAUGUUCGCAAAUCAAUAUGAAAGGCUGUGAAACGAUGUUGCAGAGGAAUUACUACUUUUAUCUAGCAUUUGAAAAUGCAUUGAGUGAAGAUUAUGUGACAGAAAAGAUUUUGCAUGCACUUCGUUAUGAUACAGUGCCUAUUGUUUUCGGAGGCGCCAAUUACACGAGGUUUGACACUAAGUAUUGA